GAUAUUUCCAACGUUCUUUCUCCUGUCUUUUCCUUUUUCUUUUUGCAAUUCGCUUUUGUUUUUCCUUUUAAAUUCACUCAUUUGCUGAAACAAUGGACGCCCUUCCUCCUUCUUAUGAAUCUCAUUUCACUCUGGAUACCCCUGUGCAUCGACUUUUAAAAGACAAGCGUGUCAUUCUCGCCUCUGGAUCACCUCGUAGAAAGGAACUUUUUCGUCAAAUGGGAUUUUCCAACAUCGAGAUAUCUGUUUCUGGAUUCGCUGAGGAUUUGGCCAAGUCUGCCUACAUUACUCCUUGGGAAUAUGCUGCGGAUACCUCUUCUCAAAAGGCUUUAGCUGUCUAUCAGAAUUUGGCCACCGAAGAAGAUUCCCCAGAGAUUGUCAUUGCUGCCGAUACCGUGUUGAUAUUGGAUAGCGAAAUUAUUGAAAAGCCCUCCGAUCCUAAACAUCAUUUAUCCAUCCUCAAAAAGCUUCGAGACUCAAGAGAACCACAUAAGGUGUUUACUGCCGUUUCUGUUAUCGUGCCUAUGGAUGUACCUAUUCAUCCUGGCUACGUUAUGAAAACUCAUUUGGAAGAAACCCAAGUAAAAUUCGAUCCUUCUCUUUCAGAUGAAUUUCUUGAAGCCUAUGUUCGUUCAGGCGAAGGUGUUGAUAAAGCUGGUGGCUAUGGAAUUCAGGGAUUCGGUGCUCUCUUAGUAGAAUCCAUCCAAGGUGAUUAUUCCAAUAUUGUCGGACUUCCUUUACGUGCUACAUUUCGUCUUAUGGAAGAAGCACUAGAGCAAGGAAACGCAGACAAUUACGACUAAGGCCCAUGAAACUAUUUCUUUUUAGGGCUCAUGAGGUAAUGCCCUUCUUAUUCUCUCUUUUUUUUUCUUCAAAACUAUGCUGUAUGUUGAUUAUGAUCAUAUUACUUAAUAGAACCGGCUUUGAAUCAUCUGUUGUGCUUUUGCUUAUCAAUGCCAUGCUCUAUUUCCUUUCUGGGUUUUAUUUUAUCUUUAUUUCUUUUUCUGUACAACUGAAGCACUUCUCUUAUAAUAUUCGUCCACAGAAACUUACAAAUUGCGAUGUCCCUUCAACAGUAAGACGUGCGCAGUUCUCACAUUUCUUUAUCCAAUCCAUUUCUACCUCUACAACAAGACUUACAGGGUUGCUUCAUUUGGCUUUCUAUCAUAAUGUAUUUCUAUUUUGAUCGCAUAAACACAUCAUCAGACCUUGUGCUCAUCUCUUCAAAGAGUGUACUAGUUAACGUGUAUAAACCCUCUUAGUUAAUAGGAAUCAUAAAGCGAUACAAAGGGCUUCUUUUCAACAUAGUCAUGGCUUUUCAGCCAAAGAGUACUUUGAUUUCCUUAGAUAAAAACUCUUAAUUCGUAGCGACUCCCUUCUUUUUUAAUUCAGCUUGAAGCUGAGCAG